GUGUAUCUUUUUUUUUUUCGAAUAUUUUGAAAAAAUUAUACAUUAUAAAUAUUUUUGGAGAAAACAAUAGAAACAUAAUAUUAUAAUCAAAAUCAUUAAAUAAAAUGUUUUAAAAAAAUAUAGUAUUAAAUACUUUUAUGAAAAAAGUUCAAACUUCUGAUUUAGAAAAAAAUUCAGCAUCUUUUAUAAAUUCGGCGCAAAAUUACAGAAAUGCUAUAAAAAAUGCUAGUUUUUUAAAUAUUUUUGCUUUUCUUAAAAAAAAAGAUGCAUUUCUACUUCUUUUUGCUUGUAUUAUAUCAAUUAUUAAUGGCUUUUUUAAGCCAUACAUGACAUUUUUAUUAGGAAGACUUUUUCAUGCCUUUUCAUUAAUUUCUUUAAAAGAAAUAACAGAAAAACAAUUUAAAAGUCAAAUAGAUCAAUAUAUUCUUCAUCUUUUGGUUUUAGCAAUAGCUUCUUUCAUUGGAGGAUGGUUAUUUCAGUCAUUAUGGCAUAUUUUCGCAGAGAUCUAUAUUAAACGAGUUUAUAAAAAACUAUUUUCUAGUUUUGCAUCUAAAGAGUUUGAAUGGUAUGACAGCAACAGAACUGGUAUUUCGGGUCUUAUUAAUCGUUGUGAAAAAGAUAUUCAAAGUUUGCAUUAUACACACUCAAAUGUACUUGGAAGAUUGUUAUCCUCGUUUAUUACACUUGUUAUCUCUUUAUUUCUUGCUUUUUGGUAUUCUUGGAAGUUAACAUUUGCAAUUUUAGUUUCCCUUCCUGUUGUUAUUUUAAUUGCUGCCAUUACAUCUUAUUUCAUUGGACCUUAUAUAUAUCGUGAAAAAGAGAUUUUAACCCGAGCAGCAACCCAUGUUAAUCAAGCGAUUGUAAAUAUGCCUAUCGUCAAAAUAUUUAAUGCUCAACAAUAUGAAUCUCGGAAUUUUGAUAGCUAUAUAUCAAAAUCAAGUAAUUUUAUACGUCUCUAUAAAAAAACAUAUUCUAUACAGCAAAGUAUUAUUAGAUUUUUUGUCCUAGUUAUGUUUAUACAAGGGUUUUGGUAUGGAACACAUUUAGUUAUCACAAACGAAGUAUCUUCUGGAAACGUAUUAACUGUUUUUUGGGCAUGUCUCAUGAUAUCUUUUUCAAUGCAAACAAUUAUUCAGCUUUUACUUUAUCUUAAAAGUGGAAUAAUUGCAAGUUACGAUUUACAAAAUAUAUUUAAAGACGAAAAAAACAAGAAAAGUCCAUACUCUUUUCAGGGUAGCCUUUUUCCAGAAAAAUGUCAUGGAAAAAUUGUAUAUGAUUUGGUUUCAUUUGCAUAUCCAUUAAGGCCAGAAAAAAUAAUAUUAAAAGAUGUUUCCUUAGUUUUUCCUGCCGGAAAAACUACUUUUAUUGUUGGGUCUAGCGGAUCAGGAAAGAGUACUUUAGCAGCUUUACUAAUUAAGAUCUAUAAACCAGAUAGUGGUUCCAUUUAUAUAGACAAUAAACAUAUUGGAUUAUUAAAUACAAAUUGGGUACGAAAUAACGUAACUUUAAUAGAACAACCUGUAAUUUUCAAUGAAACUCUAAAACUAAACAUAACUCUUGGAAAACCUUCGCCAGAUUUAACAGAUAUUUCAGAAAUAAAAAAUGCCUCUAGAAUGGCAUUGCUUGAAGAAAUGAUUUAUGAACUUCCCGAUGGAUAUGAUACCAGACUUGGGAUGAAUGGAAUGUUAUUAAGUAAUGGACAGAUGCAACGUGUGGCAAUAGCUCGUGCAAGAUUUAGGGAUACACCUAUUUUAAUUCUUGAUGAAUCAACUAGUUCACUUGAUUACAUUAAUCGUUCUCUUAUCUAUGACGCAAUAAGAUUUUGGCGCAAAAAUAAAACAACUAUUAUUAUUACUCAUGAUAUGAGUCAAAUAAAAGGAUCAGAUUAUAUAUAUGUUAUGAAUGACGGUUUUCUAGUUCAAAAAGGGUUUAAAAAUGAUCUUCUAGAAGACAAAAAUGGGACAUUUUUUAAUGUUUAUUCACAAAAAAAAGGAGAUAAAAUUGAUGCUAUUUCUCCAGAAAGAAUACAUAGCUCACCCGGAAACAUAUCAAAGAAUAUGUCGAUAGAAUCAUUUUCUAAUGAUAAACCACAGAUGGAUCAAGCUGUUUAUGAAUCUUUAAAAACAAAGUUAAAUAAGGAAGAAAUAUUUCUAUUAAAUUCUGGGAAUAUUACAUUAAGGAACCGAAGAAAUACUACUAAUAUCCGAAAUUUAUUAGCUUCAAACAUAAAUAAUUAUAAAAGUAAAAAAGAAUAUGGUUUUCUAAAAAAAUAUUUUCGACUAAAUAUAUCAUUGUGGAAUAUACUAAAAAAUAACUGGAGCUAUAUUAAUAAAAAAACGUAUUUUAUCAUAGGUCUGCUUUUCUGUAUAGGAAAUGGUAUCUCUACUCCGCUUUUUUCAUAUACACUUUCUAAACUUCUUGCAUUAUUUUUUUCUUCAAAAAGUAUAUUAGAAAUUAAAAGAAAAUCAUUACAAUAUUCUAUGAUUAUUUUAGGGGUAUCAUUUUUUGACUCACUCACUCUCUAUUUAAAAAUAUAUCUUCUUGAGUAUUCUGCCGAUUCUUGGAUAACUAAUAUUCGUUCUAUCUUAUUUAAAAAUAUUCUAUUUCAAGAUAUCCACUAUUUUUCUGAAGGAACAUAUUCUAGUGAAAAUACUACGAGAAUCAUAAUUAAUGAAACAGAAUUAAUGAGAACUAUCUUUGGACAGAUUACAGGAAAUAUUUUGGUUGCCGUUGUUAUGGUACUUGCAGGGGUUAUAUGGUCAUUUGUUAUUGCAUGGAAAUUAAGCAUUAUAAUAGUUGGAGUAGCGCCAUUAUUAUAUAUUUCAAUUCGACUUAAUUCUUAUCUAAAUACCAAAUGGGACCAUAAAUAUAAAGAUGAAAAUAUCAAUGCAAUGUCUAUUUUAUAUGAAUUUUCAGGGAAUAUUUUUACUGUUAAGGCUUUAUUACUUGACAAUUUUUUUCAGAAAAAAUUUAUGUUAUCAAUAAAAAGAAUUUUUGUAAAAGGUAUUCGAAAAGCUAUUUAUAUUGGAUUUGGUUAUGGAAUUAUGGAAUCUAUUAUUUUUUCUUUUGAAGCGUUAUUAUUUUUCUAUGGUUCAAGAUCUAUUUUAAAUAAGACAUAUACACCUAUUGUUGUAUUAACUAUAUUUUCUUUAAUUAUAUUUUCUGUUAUUACUGCUGCUCAAUUUUUAUCAAUGGUCCCUCAAUAUAAUAAAGUCAAAAAAGCAUAUGAAAGCGUUAACGAUUUAUUUAAUAUAUCAGAAAAGAAUACUGAAAACAAGGGUUCAUUAAUUGUUCCUUUAAAUGGAGAAAUUAUAUUUAAAAAUAUAUUCUUUUCUUAUCCUGGACAUUCUGAUAUUCAGGUACUAGAAAAUAUAAAUUUAAAAAUAGAAAACAAUGAAAAAAUUGCAUUAGUAGGCUUAUCCGGCUCAGGAAAAUCUACAAUGAUUUCAUUGAUUCAAAAAUUAUAUCAAGCUCAUAGUGGGUUUAUUACAAUAAAUGGGCAUAAUAUAUCAUCUAUUGAAACUAAAUGGUUAAGAAAUCAUAUUGCAGUCGUAAGACAAACUCCAAUGUUAUUUAAUCGGACUAUUGAACAAAAUAUUGCAUAUGGCUUAGAUUCAUUUAAUAUAUCCGAUGUUCGAAAAGCUGCCCAAAAAGCAGCUAUAGAUGAUUUUAUUAUAAAAUUACCCGAUGGAUAUAAUACUAUUCUAGGUGAUUACGGAAGAGGUCUAUCUACUGGUCAAGCUCAAAGAGUUUCCUUAGCACGAGCAUUUAUUAGGAAUCCAAGGAUUCUUAUUUUAGACGAAUGUACGAGUUCUUUAGAUUCACUAUGCGCUUCAUCUAUUCAAGAAAUUAUAAAAAAUAUUACUAAUAUGACUGUUAUCAUUGUAACACAUUCUAAGGAAAUGAUGAAACUGGCAGAUAAAAUUGUAUUGUUAAAAAGUGGACGAAUUGCUGAAACAGGCACCUAUGAUGAAUUAAUAAAAAUGAAAAAGGAUUUCUGGACAUUAAUACAAAAAGGUCAAUGGAUAUGAUUUAUUUUCUUUAAUAUAAAAUAUGAGACCGCUAAAUCACAUUUUAUUAAGUUAAAUUAUUCAUAUAUUCAAAUUGUUCUUUAUUGACAACCUCCUCUAUAUACACUUAAUUCAUGAGCAAGCUUCCUAUUUUCUUUUUUUAAAUUUUUAAUUUCUUUAUUCUUAAAUUUCAAUAUCUUCUCAAAUUCCAAUUUUUGCAACAUAAAUUGUUUUAUUAAUUCAACAUGCAAAUUCUGAAUAUCUUGACGUAUUCCUUUUUGGCUCUCUAAAAGCAUAUCUUUAAAUGUCAACAUAUUAUCAGAAAAAAAAUCAGAUUUUUUUAAAUUAGAUUGUAAUUCUUUUGUUAAAAAUACAUCGGAUUUUUGAGAUUUGAAAGAUGAGAAUGAUAUAUCAGAAGUUUUUAUCAAGUCAUCAAUUUCUGAAUUUUGAACAUGUUUUCCUAAUGUCAAACGAUCUAGAGCAGGAGUUUUAAUAUCUGUAUUUUGAUUAGUUUCAAACUUAAGCCAUAUAUCAGUAGUAGAUGGCGUUUCUAUGUGUUUUUCAAACAAUUUCUCUGAAACUGUUUCAUUUAUCUGAAAAUCCCGUUUAUCAAAACGUUUUGUAGAAGACUUGAGUAUUUUUUUAGAACUUUUUGGAGUUUCAAAUUUGAAUCCUGGCCGAAUUUCAUGAAUCUUACUCGGUGAAAAUACGUUAUUAGAAAAAAUAGGCGUAGAAGAUUCUUUUGCAAGCAUAUUUGUUGUAGAUAUUUUUUUAGUAGAAUUUUCAAGAGGUAUAUUUUCUUUAAAAGUUAAAAGAAUUAAUUAAUGAAAAGACAUACCUUUUCCAAUUGAAACAAUUGAUAAAUUAUUACCUGAUAUUUUUGUAUCAGAAAUAUGCAACUCCUUUUUACU